AUGCCUCUUCCGGAGAAGCUGCCCACGUUUGACGAGCUUCCCAGCUUCCACAACCUUACCGGCUGUGCCUGGGAUGUCUGGGGCAAGGAUGACGAGCUGGGCACGGUGAACCUCCUUACUGAAGAUGUCGUCAAGGAGGCUGCGAAGGAGAUCAAGUCGGGCAAGACGAUCUGUCUAAAUUGGCCAGUGAACUUCCCCAACAAGCCAAUGUUUCAACGCCAGCCGCCGCAUCUCGAGAUGUGGAGCAAAUGGCCGGCAGUUCACGACGACGCCCUGCACAUCAACACGCAAUCCGGCACCCAGUGGGACGGCCUUCGCCACUUUGGCAUCAUCGAGCAGGACGUGUUCUACCAAAACACGCCCAGCUCCUUCUUCCAAAAAGGCCACAUCGUCCUACCCGACCCGACCAAAGUCGACCACAACCUCAUCAAAUACGGCAUCCACAACUGGGCGCAGCACGGGAUCUGCGGGCGCGGCGUCCUCCUCGAUAUCGUGCGCUACUACACGGCCUCGGGAGACGCGCUGCCGUACGACCCCUGGAGCACGUACGGCCUCUCCGUCGACGUGCUGCAGGACUGUGCCAAGAGGCAGGGCGUGACGUUCCGCCCGGGCGAUAUCCUGAUACUCCGCGUGGGGUUCAUACGGAAGUUCCUGGCGGUUACGCAGGAGGAACGGGAUGCGCUUGGGGGCAAGUCGGAGACGCUGGCGGGAAUCGAGCAGUCGGAGGGAAUGAAGCGCUUCUUGUGGGACAACCACUUCGCAGCUAUCGCUUCUGAUCAGCCCGCCAUCGAGCGCUGGCCAGCGGAGGGGACGACCUUCCUGCAUCAGACACUUCUCGGCCUCUGGGGCAUGCCGAUAGGGGAGUUUUUCGACCUUGAGGAGCUGUCGAAGGUAUGCGCCGAAACCGGAAGAUAUACCUUCUUCUUCACGUCCUGGCCGCUCAACGUCCUCGGUGGCGUCGCGAGUCCUCCAAACGCUGCGGCAUACCUGUGA